GCCGUUAGCGCGGCUGUUCUGGACAGGGCGCUGUUUGUGGGAGCGCCGCGAAGGGGGCCGAGAGGGUGGUGCGCCUGAGACGCUUUCCUACGCGCGCCAUGCUGCCCGGCCGGCUGGGAGGAGCUGAGGCGGGCCGGGGGCGGGGCUGGCGCCGGAAUUCCGAGGCGGCUUCUUCCUCGCCGCCACUUUUCAUUUCUCCUCCGGCUACUACCGAGUGUUGGCCUUUCCCGCCGCCGCGGCGGCUGGUGGUGCUGCUGGGCGGGAAGCGCCGUUUGCUGAGGAGCCGCGGAGCAGGGAGCCGCCGGGCGGUAUAUGUGGUGUUUGUAAACAUGGCAGUGCCCUUUGUGGAGGACUGGGACCUAGUGCAGACUCUUGGAGAAGGGGCCUACGGAGAAGUUCAACUAGCUGUCAACAGACGCACUGAAGAAGCAGUUGCAGUGAAAAUUGUUGACAUGAAACGAGCAGCAGAGUGCCCAGAUCAGAUUAAGAAGGAAAUAUGCAUUAACAAAAUGUUAAGUCAUGAGAACAUUGUAAAAUUCUAUGGGCACCGACGAGAAGGCAGUAUUCAGUAUCUCUUCCUUGAGUACUGCAGUGGAGGAGAACUCUUUGACCGAAUAGAGCCUGAUAUAGGAAUGCCUGAAGCAGAUGCACAGAAAUUUUUCCACCAACUUAUAGCUGGUGUGGUCUACCUCCACAGUAUAGGAGUAACACACAGGGAUAUUAAGCCUGAGAAUCUCUUGCUAGAUGAAAGAGAUAACCUAAAAAUCUCAGACUUCGGUCUAGCAACUGUGUUUAAAUACAAUGGUCGUGAGCGAUUGUUGAACAAGAUGUGUGGCACACUCCCAUAUAUCGCCCCAGAGGUCCUUAAAAGAAAAGAUUUUCAUGCUGAGCCCGUUGAUGUCUGGUCCUGCGGAAUAGUGCUCACUGCUAUGCUGGCAGGAGAAUUGCCAUGGGACCAGCCUAGUGAUGCUUGUCAAGAAUACUGUGAUUGGAAAGAAAAGAAAACGUACAUUUCACCAUGGAAGAAGAUUGAUUCAUUGCCCUUAGCUUUACUUCUCAAAAUAUUAACGGAGAACCCUACAUCAAGGCUUACUAUUGCAGACAUAAAAAAAGACAGAUGGUAUACAAAACCUCUAAAGAAAGGUAUAAAGCGACCUCGGGUCUCUUCAGGGGGGCUUUCAGAUUCACCAGGAGCGUUUUCUAAGCACAUUCGAUCUGACAUGGACUUCUCGCCUGUGAAAACUGCACACAGUGAGGAAAGAAUGACGUGUUCCAAUUCCCAACCAGAACUGGGAACUGGCCUCUCCUUGUUGGACAGCAGCCCAGCGAGUAUUGACAAGCUAGUGCAAGGGAUCAGCUUCUCCCAACCAGCCUGCCCUGAGCACAUGCUGCUGAACAGCCAGUUGCUUGGCACGCCAAGUUCUUCCCAGAACCCUUGGCAACGCUUGGUGAAGAGAAUGACCCGUUUCUUUCUGAAGCUGGAUGCGGCUCAGUCAUACAGCAUCUUGAAGGAGGUUUGUGAAAAGAUGGGCUAUAUCUGGAAGAAAGGCUGCACAAACCAGGUCACCAUAUCAACCAUGGACAGAAGAAACAACAAACUAAUUUUCAAGGCAAACCUAGUGGAAAUGGAAGACAAAAUUCUUGUGGAUUUCCGUCUGUCAAAGGGUGAUGGUUUGGAGUUCAAGAGGCAUUUCCUGAAGAUCAAGGGGAAACUUAGUGACGUUGUCAGCGUGCAGAAGCUGUGGCUUCCAGCCACAUGAUUGUGUUUGAAGUUGAAAGCUGAUCAGCAUUGGAUCUUGUCACUCUGACUCAGUGUCUUCUGCUGAGAGACAGUUAUGCCUGCCACAGUCUGAACUCAGAUGUUUGGUGGUUUACUUGGUUAAGUAAAUCCAUUUACUGGUGGUGACAGGUAUAUAAGUAAUCUGACUGAUCAUGACAAAGUUGCCAGUGCCUUAGUUUACGGAAAGAAUUAUUUUUGUAACUCAUUCAGAACCCAAAUGCCUGUAUUCCUUUCUUUCUCCAAACUGCUGCAGUCACAGAACAAUGAAAAUUGGAGUCUGAAAAUCCGCAGCAUUCCUGUUUUUAAAGUUUUCAACAAAAGUUCAAUUUUUGUAAAUUUGAUACUAUAUGCAAAAUACUAGGAAUAUAGAAUGAUGUCCGUAACAUGGCAUGUUGUUUGGCUUGUAAUAAAUUGUGGAUAUCAGUAUGAAGGUAUGCUUCAGGGUUUUUUUGUUCAGUCUAAGGUAAAGCUAGAGAAUAAGGCAUCCCCAAAUCCAUCAGAGGGACAUGAUGCCAUUUUUAGAGCUUUUUAAAACUUUCCAAACACUGUGGGACCCUAAUCCUGCUGGGAACUACAGCAUAGGGAGAUGAGGCGCUCUUGUCCCCCCACCUCGACAUUUUGGUUCUUAAAAACAGAAGGGGAGAGACCAGGAGCUCCUUAUCCCCCUGUGUUGCAGUUCCCAGAAAAAGUAUGGCUCCCCCACAACAUUCUCAAAAGUUUUUUUUUUUAAAAGCUAUAGAAUGGUGCCAGGUCCCUGUGACAAACUCGGGGAUACUGUAUUAUCUAGUUUGGCUCUAAGAACAUGAGUGAGAACUACAAGGAUUAUUGGAGGUCCUUGUUACAUUUUCAACUCUUAGAUCAUAUUCAUCUGCACGCACAUCCUUCUCCCCAAAAAAGAUCUGACACAACCUGAUGAGUCUAGAAUAGAAUACCAAGGGUGGCCAACGGUAGCUCUCCAGAUGUUUUUUGCCUACAACUCCCAUCAGCCCCCAGCCAGCAUGGCCAAUGGCUGGGGCUGAUGGGAGAUGUAAGAAAAAAACAUCUGGAGAGCUACCGUUGGCCACCUCUGGAAUAGUCUAAGGUUUCCAUUCUGUGAUUUUAUUUUCUUUGCCUCCAGGUGUAUUUCAGGUAAAUGCCUUAGGGUCAUUUUAAUUAUGCCUUGUACUGCCACCACACCCCAAGGUUGGAACCAUGUUCUUGACUUGAUCAUAUUAAAUGUACAAUAAUGUGAAUUUUUAAAAUGUGUGUGUGUCAAAGAAAAAAUCCUUAAAGAAAACACUUUACACAAUAAAGAAUGUUUCAACUUA